AUGCGCGGCUAUACCAUAGUCCAUGUGAUCUGCGUCUGGCACUGUGCAUUCGCUAGUAAGGCCGAAAAUAGGCUUUAUAGGGAUUUACUCAAUAACUACAACAAACUUGUCCGGCCUGUGAGGAAUCCUAAAGAUAGCUUGAAGGUCGAAAUGAAGGUAUUCUUGCAGCAGAUUGUUGGUUUGGAUGGGAAAAAUCAGAUUAUCGAACUGAACGCAUGGUUGAAGUUUAUUUGGAUAGACUAUCGGCUAUCAUGGGAUCGUUUGAAGUAUGAGAAUGUGACUAGCGUACGAUUCGCCGGAGGCGAAAAUCAGAUAUGGAGACCCGAUGUUCUACUGUACAACAGUGCCAAUGAAGAUUUUGACUCCACGUUCAAAUCCAAUGAAGUUGUAUACAAUACUGGCGAAAUCAACUGGGUACCACCAGGUAUACUCCGAGCAAGUUGUAAGAUGGAUAUCACUUACUUUCCGUUUGAUGAGCAGAUCUGCUAUCUGAAAUUUGGAUCAUGGACCUACAACAAAAAUUCGCUCGAUCUCCGCAUUAUAGUGGACGGAGAUGAAGCAUCAGCGAUGGACCUCUCAACAUACAUCCCCAGCGGAGAGUGGAACUUGAUCAGUGCACCCGCUGUUCAUGAAACCUUCAAAUCUCUUUGUUGUCCGGAACCAUACUCAACGGUAACCUUCUACAUGGUUCUUAGGAGACGAGCAAUCUUUCACAUGUUUAAUAUCGUGCUACCAACAUUCGUGGUGUCGUUGAUGACUAUCAUUGGGUUCUGCCUACCAGCUCACGACAUGAGUGAAAAGAUCGGAUACCAAACCACGAUACUUCUCUCCAUAUGCUUCUUCGUCACAAUCGUUAGUGAGGUGACUCCUUCAACGUCCGAAUCAGUACCUUUACUAGGAAUGUUCUUCUCAACACUAACAUUGAUUGUAUCAGUGUCGACCACGUUCACAAUUUCUGUUCUGCAUCUGCGCUAUCGACAGCCUCCCAAUGCACGGAUGAGCGCAAUGUUUCACGCAAUCUUUCUGGAAUUACUACCCAAGAUUACCCUAUUGAGGAGGCCUCGUCGACUGAUUGAGCUCCUUCCAAAAAACGAAGGCAACGUCUACGAUAAUACCAACAACCUAGAUGGGAGCGAACACGCUUCUCCCACGACAUCUCUUCUCGAAGAACCUCGUGCAUCAACUUUAAAAAAGGCAAAAAGCAUUACGGAGCAACUCUACUUGGAACGAAAAGUCGGGGACGGGAUACUCGGUAAAAAAUACAACGUCAACAUGAAGAGAACGAUGUAUGCGAGGCAAAAAGCCAAAGCCGCGGCUCGUUUCUCGAUAGAACAGUCCUUCAUAAAUAGUAUGGAGAUGAGUUUUUCGCAGGAUGUCGACUUCACUCAAUGCUACUUCCUAAUUCAUAAUCGAUUGCGAAAAAUUCGCGAAAGAGCAGAGCGGAUGAGAGCGCUGAUCAAUGAGCAGGAGGACUGGAAGUUCGCAGCAUUAGCGUUGGAUCGUCUAUGCUUGAUCAUGUUUACUUUCCUCAUCGUUUCCUGUGUUACUUCUAUAGUCUUUUCGUCUCCCUAUUUUGAUACAUAA